AUGCCUCCAUUCAGGAUUGUUAUUGUGGGCGGUGGGAUCGCAGGCCUCACUGCUGCGAUCGCUUUGCGAGGACCUAAUCGCCAGAUCACAGUUUUAGAACAGUCUCGCUUGAACAAGGAAAUUGGAGCUUUGAUCUCCUUACAGCCCAAUGCGUCCAGGAUUGUUGAACAAACAUGGGGUCUGAAGAAAGAAUUGGCUGCUGCCCGUUCAAUGGUCGACGAGGGUUUCCGCAUAUACAAUACAGACGGAGCUCUGGUCAAUUCUGUCCCUCUCUCAACAACAGCCGAAUAUGGAGCCGAGCGACUAUGUUUCCACCGGAGAGACUUUCAUGAUCAGCUGAAAGAGGCUGCUCUCUCGACCGAACGCGCCGGGGAGCCCGUCAUCCUUCGAACUGCCUCCCGAGUGGUCGACUGCGACCCCGAAGCGGGAUCAGUUACACUGGAAGACGGCGGGGUUCUAAGCGCAGAUUUUAUUGUCGCAGCCGACGGAAUUCACAGCGUGAUUCGCAAGCAUGUCUUGCAGGAAGAGCCGUCUCCCUUGCCAACAGGUCAUUCUGGUGAGUUUUUUUUCGAAUGUAUACGGAGCGAGAUACUGGAGAAGGAAGAGCCCGAUUUCUGCUCCAAGAUUAAUCCUCGCGACCCAUAUACGUCCAUGAUGGUGGCGCACAACUGUCGACUGGUCAUGGGUCCCGGCAGGCAGGGGGAAGUCUUUGGCAUCGUUGCACUGGUGCCUGACGAGCAAAUGAAUGAAGAUCCUUCAGCAAAGCAAUCCUGGGUCGCCGAGGGAAACUUGGAGAAAAUGCUUGACACUUUCUCUGAGUUCCCAAAGUGGAUGACUGGUAUCUUCAAGCACUCUUCAGACCUCGGACUGUGGCAAUUACGAGAUCUGGAUCCUCUGAAAACAUGGCACCGUGGCCGUGUAAUGCUGAUCGGUGACGCUGCGCAUGCUAUGCUUCCAACGCAAGGCCAAGGCGCUAGCCAAGCAAUUGAAGAUUCAGAGGCCCUUGGUGCCUACUUCGAGGGCAUCACCGAGCCACCGUCAGCAGAAAUUCUCUCGCAGACCAUGGAGAAUAUUUUUCAAGCUCGCUACUCCCGUGUUAGUCUAAUUCAGGCUUAUAGCAGGGAAGCGGCAAAGCCCGCUGCCGAGAAAAAGACUGUCACUUUGCGACCGGAUGAAUUCAUGAAGUUCAAUUGCAUGUACAAGGGAGCAAAGGCAUGGAGCAACCAGCAGAUUCCUACCAUGGCGUAG